AUGUUUUUGGUCAAUUGGUUUUAUGGUGCUCUAGGUUAUCUUGGACUUUACCAAAAGAAUGCAAAACUUGUAUUUCUUGGUCUCGAUAACGCUGGAAAAUCCACUCUGCUUCAGAUGCUUAAAGACGACAGAAUGGCCCAAUUAGAACCUACAGUGCAUCCACAGUCAGAAGAGCUUGUAAUGGGUAGCAUACGUUUCCGUAAGGUAAUCCUUAUAAUAUUUUUAAUUUAAUUUUUUUAAAUAAAUAAAUUUAAAGCCAGUUUUAGAAAAAAAAAAUUUAUAUCCAUUACUUUACAUUUGACCUAGGUGGUCACGAAAUUGCAAGGAAGAUAUGGAAAGACUAUUUAGGCAGUGUUGACGGAAUAGUCUUUAUGGUCGAUUCCUCUGAUAGAGAAAGGUUCGAAUUAUCAAGAAACGAGCUCAAUGAACUUUUAUCUAUGGAAGAGCUGCAAAACGUUCCUUUUAUUAUUUUAGGCAACAAAAUUGAUCUAACAGAUGCAGCAAGUGAAGAAGAGCUUAGAAAUGCGCUUGGACUUGACACUUAUGGCUAUUAUGGAAAAGACUUGAAAUCACAGCCUGGAGUAAGACCGAUUGAACUAUUCAUGUGUUCUGUUGCACGAAGAACUGGAUAUGCUGAAGGAUUUCGAUGGUUAAGUCAAUUUUUAAAGUAA